CCUCACCGAGUCAUUUUUGACCCACUUAUGCAUGAAAGGGUUAAUUAGGACAAACUUGCAGCUGCAAAAGAAAACUGAUUUUUAACCUAAUCCCUAAAGGCUGUACAGUUAUCAACUAAUGUAGCAUCAUGUUGCUAGAAGAGGAACUGAAAAUGUAAAGUAAGGGACUCGGAAAGCAAUGCAGUUCUCAGUACAAGUGCUGUCGUCAUUUGCUCGACUCGGUGAAAAAUUUAUGCCUAAAAUUUUAGCCUUGACAUCUGUGAGAUUACAGAUCACACAAAAACAGAACAUUUCUCAAAACACAUCUUCUCACAGAUGUAUAGAUUUGCUAAUGUUGUCUUCCUCUCCCACUGACACCCACAUGCUGUGGUCUGUGAAGCAUGGCAGAGGGUGGGGACAGAGUAAGUCUCAGCCUUCAGGUUCCUUUACUAAGAAAAUUAGAAGCAGCCAUGCAAAAAUGCGGCCCAUGACGACUCUUGUCUCAUCUUGCCAUCCACUUUCCUCUUCUAUUUACUGACAUUAGCUGCCACUUCGCUUGAACCCAACUUCGGAGCCGUCAGCGGUUCUCUGGAAAGAGUGGCCAUGGAUUUUUAUCGGCAGUACGUCUUGCUGUUGCUGAUUGGGAUGAUUUUAAUUUCCUUUGUGAUCAUCUUCAUCUUCUUUCUCAUUAAUAAGUGCAUCUCCAGAAGAGGUAAACACAAAAUCUCACAUCUCGAGAGAAGAGCUGUCGUCAAAGCCGACAGCAACAAAUACCAGGAAAGAAACCCUGAUGUUGUCAAUCCUCCUCUUCCUCCUCGGACGCAGUUUCUCACAGCAGAGGCCCAAAGCUACGAGAACCUGGCCGAGGUUUCCGACUAUGAACAGUGUACAGCCGACUACGAGCAGAGCACAGACCAGCAACCGGACUACGUGAAGGUAGAGGAAGAGGAGGAGAUCCUUCCUCCUCCUCCUUAUGAUCAUCCAGGUCCAGGCAUGACAGCUGGUGUUGCUGGUCUAAGCUAUGAGAACCUAGCCGAGGAACAUGACUACGAGCAGAGCACCGACCAGCAGCCGGACUACGUGCAGUUGGAGGAAGAGGAGAUCCUUCCUUCUCCUCCGCCUUACAAUCAUCCAGGUCCAGGCAUGACAGCUGGUGUUGCUGGUCUAAGCUAUGAGAACCUAGCCGAGGAACACGACUACGAGCAGAGCACCGACCAGCAGCCGGACUACGUGCAGUUGGAGGAAGAGGAGAUCCUUCCUCCUCCUCCGCCUUACAAUCAUCCAGGUCCAGGCAUGACAGCUGGUGUUGCUGUUCUAAGCUACGAGAACCUGGCCGAGGAACCCGACUACGAGGAGAGUCUGGACCAGCAGCUGGACUACGUGCAGGUGGAGGACGAGGCCAAGACGUUGUUUCCUCAUCCUGCAGAUCCGGCAGCAGAUAACUCAUCUACCGAGGACUACGAUGACAUCGGAGAAGAUCAGGGGGAAGAAGACUACGAUGACGUGGGAUAAAACCAUAAGAGGACGACACAGAGACACUUUGACUUUCCCACCUGGAUCCUGCUGAGCGGAGAUUCUUCCUACCACAGAUUUCUUAUCUAAUUUGCUUUUUUUAAUAUUAUUCAUAAAAGUGUGAAUAACUGAAGACAUCUGCUGAGUGAUGACGAGACAACUGGUUUGAUCUUCACAGGGUUUGAAUCUUCUUAAGCUUCUCAGUCUCAAUCAUGACGUCUUCUAUGAUUCUGAUUUCAAACACAACUUUUGUAAUAUCAGUAUUCAAACAAAUUUCUUGGGAUUUGCCUUAAAAUAAUCCAUGAACAAGCAGGAACUUAACAUCAUUACAGGAGCUUAUUUUGCAGUGACGCAUCAUAAAAACACAACAGUGACUGAAAAAUAAACCAGAGAAACUUUACCUUUGUACAGUUUUAGUGCUCAUACAAGUCCUUUUUCAACAAUUAAUCGAAUUUCUUGACAGUAAAUCCCAAAGAGGUGUUUCAAAAAAAGAGCAGGAAUGGGACUUUGUGCAAAAAAGUGGAGUUUUAAAGCAGAAUAGAUCACAUAUAACUGCAUAAAAUAAGUUUAAAGCACAUCUUCAACAAUUUACAAGUUAUUUAUCUGCCAUGUGGUAGAAUUUUCUAAUAGAGAGCUUCCUCUGUCAGUUUUAACAGAUUUUUUGUGCUAUUAUCGAGCUGAACCAGCAGUGUGAUUUGUUUCUGCUUGGUUUAAUCUGAAAUAUGUGGAAAACAAUAAAGGGUUGCAGAAAAGGAAUACUAUAUGACCAUACAACUAUAUUUACCUGGAGAAUGUAGUAAUAAUGAUUCGAAACCAGCCAAUAGUAGACUUAUAAGGCUGAUACUACCACUAAUAUGAUGGAUUUGUUUAACUUCCCAGCAGUGUUUUUCACAGCCUAGUUAACAUUUUACCACCAGGCUUGACUCCGUACCACCGCAUGCUCUGCUACAUGUGCUGCAGACAGUGCUGAGAAUCGUGAACAAUGGAAUCUGAGCUACUCUGCUUAACAAAAUAUGCGAUGACGCCACCAUUUCUAAGUUACUCCAAACAUCUUUUUCUCCAUUCUGUUCUGUAAAAGACACAUAUUAGACAACAUAUACACCGAUACGAUAUAUCUGUGACCAAUAUCGGCCAAUGAUAUUGGCUGAUCGAUAUAUCAGUCGGGAUCGAACAAUAGUAUUUUUAACUGUGUGGCAAGAAGUAGCUUCUACAGACAGCAUAAAAAGCAAGCACAAAUACUGAAUAAAAACACAAGAAUGACAGAAUUCACUGUUACAGAAAGCACACAAUUACAUGAAAAAAUUAAAAAAUAUUACAAGGCAAGUCUAUUUGUAUUGCACAAGUCAUACACAAGGCAAUUGAAGGUUCUGGCAAAGAAAUAUAUUCAGAAAAAUGAUUUAACGGUUAACAUACAUUAAAAUCAUAGAAAUAAAGCAUAAAAGUAGACAUUAAGAUCAUGAAAGUGUAUUAAAAAACAAGAAAAUAGAUUGAACCUCUAAGAGAAAGCUGCGGUAAACAACAUGGUUUUCAGGCCUGAUUUAAAAGAGCCGACAGUUUGAUCAGACCUCAGGUGCUCAGAUAGUUUGUUCCAUGGGUGAGGAACAUAAUAGCUGAAUGUUACUUCACUAUUUUUGGCUCUGAUUCUGGGAACACACAGUAAACCUGUCCCUGAUGACCUGAGGCCUCUGGAUGCUUCAUAUGGAGCUAUCGAGUCCAGGAUGUAUUUUGGUCCAAAACCAUUCAGAUGAGAAAGCAAGUCUAUAAAAAUAACUUUUAAAACAGUAGUUAAAGACAGAAACAGUAUCAGUCAAUUUGAUACUAAGUGGAUAGGGGUUAAUAAAUUGCUGUUGAUGACAAAAGGUACAGUUAUCACUGCAUUGUGCAUAUAUCAAAGCUUUAUCUGUGUUAUUUGAUCAUUCCGUCUUCAGGAUCUUAUUGUAACAAACAGAAAUCCAUCCAGACAGUAAAUUGACCAUUUACAGAUCACAUUUAAAUCCAGCACUAAAUAUCCAAUGUGUGUAUUCGGAGCCUGAUAUGACUUAAUCUGUUGUUCCACAGAGCACCAUCCAUCAUGUUGUCUGAAAUCUAUUAAAUCCCCACUAGAGUUGAGUCACUGCCACGUGUGAGCUCUGCUCUGCUGCCCUAAAUACCCACUUUAGCACCAAAUGCAGCUGAAAAUAGUCCAGAAUGUAUGCACUAUUAACUCUUUUGUUGAGUUUGUUUUGAUAAAAUUAAGUUAAUAAAACUUGAAGUGCAUUUUUGGGACCAGUUGUCAUUUCAGAGCCACGGAGAGUAUCAGGAAGUUGCAGCUUUGUUGGAACUUUAACUGGAUUUGUUUGUAUUUACCAUAAAAUAUAGAAUACUGCUGCUGGCAUUAUUUUUGAAAUAUGAAUCAUUCUGAUGCAACAAAACAGCUUCAGACACAUGAGUUCAGUAGCAUUCAUGAUUCCUUUCAGACACCUCGGAUGAAGUAAAAUUUUAGCUUAAGUUAAAUGCUGCAUUUAUUAUUACAAAUACGUCGCUCUACAUUCAGCAUUCAGGCUGCGCUUAUAUAAACUGAGCGCUACUUUUGCAUAAUUAAUUAAUCCCCCUGGGAAAUGAAGUCGUUCAGGGAUUUUCUGAUGGAUGUCUUCGUCCUUCACCCUGAAUGUCUGCUGUUUGUUUUGCACUGUAAAAAAUUAUCUGUAAAAAACUACUACUAACUAAAAAAGAGUAAAGAAAUGGUGGAAUACUGUAAAAUAUGAGCAAAUAUCUGUACAGUAAUGGUUUUUAGCUGAUUUAAAUGUAAGUUUAAAUUCCUACCUUGCAAAAGAAGGAAUUGCUGUUUAUAAAAAAUACAGCUUUUGAUGUGAAAAUGA